AUGGGCUGCGGAUCAUCAUCAGGCGCUUCAAACGUAAGCUAUUCUCUUAUUCAAACCUUUAUUAACCAUUAUUUUGAAGACUAACAAUUCGUCAAAGAAAGAGAGGCUAAGAGAGUCAAGUUCGACAAGAAGACUGGAAAGGCCGUAACUGUUACAGGACCAAAGGAUAAACCAGAAUCUGUAACUCUAUUAGUAGUAUAACCGAUUGUAUAGGAUUUCUUCGAGGCUGUUGAAGCUGGACACGGAGAGCAAUUUAUGGCAGUUAGACCAUAUCUCGGUGCCAUUAUGGAGCCCGCCAAUCACCCACCCCCCAACCCAGCUGCCCCAGAUAUUAGAUAUCAAUUGGAGUACGUUUAUGGUUACAGAUGUGCUGAUAGCAGACAAAACGUCUACUUCAACUCCGCUGGUCAAGCCGUUUACAUGACUGCUGCUCUUGGAGUCAUCCUAGAUCAAUCAUCAAACACCCAAAAAUUCUUCGGUGGUGGUCAAGUCGACAACACUGCUAAGAACGUUGCCAACGACGAGCAAGCACACACUGAUGAUAUCACUUCAAUCAGCAUCUCAAGUGACAGAAGCUGGGCCGCCUCAGGUCAAGUUGGAUCUGCCCCAUCUGCUUUCGUCUGGAACUCAAGAACCGGAGAGAAGAAGCAAAGAUUUAAGCUCAACAAAGGUGCUAGAGGAGUUAACGCUAUUGCUCUCUCUAACGACAGCAAACUCGUUGCCUGUGUUGAUCUCCACGAUGAACACAACGUCUAUGUCUACGAUGUCGACACUGGUGCCAUUAAAAUGAGAGAAAAGGGAGAUACCAACAAGAUCUUCGAUAUCUGUUUCUCAGCCAAGCCAGGUGACAACUCAUUCGGUACUGCUGGUUCAAAGCACGUCAAAUUCUGGAAUGCUGAUUCAAUGAAGAACGAGAAAGGUAUCUUCGGAGGAAAGGGAGAGCAAACCAGUUUCGCUUGCAUCGCCUACGACAGCAAGGGUGUUGCUUACACUGGUGGUGUCAACUCACAAAUCUACGUCUGGAGCGGCAGAGACCUCCAGAGCACCAUCAAGGCUCACCAAGGUGGAUUCAUCUGCGCUCUUAGAUUCGCUGAGGGUAAACUCUUCUCAGGUGGUAAAGAUGGUAACAUGGCCAUUAUCAAUGUUGAUACACUCUCAGUUGAAAAGACUAUUAGCUUCGGAGGUGUCUUGAUCAGAGCUAUUGAUGUUAUGGGAUCUAAGUCACUCGUUGGUCUUAGAGACGGUACCAUCUAUGAAGUUGAGCUAGGAAAUGGUAACAAGAAAGUUAUCAUGGAAUCUCACUCCGACGGAGAGGUUUGGGGACUCGCCCCAGCUGGAGACAGCCACGUCGUCACCUCAGGAGAUGAUAACAAGAUUAAGGCAUGGAACGUUAACUCAAGAAAGUGUGAAGCCACUGGCAAAAUCUCAAGUGAGACUAGAAAGGCCCCAAGAGGUGGUGCUUCAUCAUUGACUGAGCUUCCAGACUCACAAUGCGCCAGAGCUGUUGCCCACAAUCCAGGUAAUGGUCAUAUCGCUGUUGGUCACAACGACGGUACCCUCACAAUUAGACAGGCUGCUAACAAGCUUAACGACAUUGUCCACACCAACCAAAAUUCACAAGAGUGGAUUGAAGCCAUUGAAUACUCCCCAGAUGGAUAAAAGCUCGCUGUUGGUUCUCACGACAACAAUAUCUAUAUUUACAGCGUCCCAGACUACAAGCUCCUCGGAAAGUGCACCAAGCACAACUCUUUCAUCGUUUCAGUCGACUGGAGCAAGGAUGGAAACUUCAUCAGAUCAGUCUGUGGUGCUCAUGAACUCUUGUUCUUCGAUGGUAACUCAUUCAACCAAGACACCAGCGGUGCUACCAACACUGUUGAAACCGACUGGUAAACUUCCCACGCCAAGUACGGAUGGCUCGUUGACGGUAUCUUCCCAGGCGGCACUGACGGAACCCACAUUAAUGGAGUUGACUUCUCUAAGGAUCACAGCCUUAUUGCUACUGGUGACGAUUACGGUCUUGUCAACAUUUUCAGAAACCCAGCCAGAGGUGGUCACAAGCCAAUCUCACUCAGAGGUCACUCAGAGCACGUCGUAAGAGUUGCUUUCCACAAAAACGACUCAUACCUCUUCUCAGUUGGAGGUUACGAUCAAACUCUUAUGCAAUGGAAGAGAGUCUGA